CUGGUUUGUGCAGGUUUCUGUCCAAACUUGUAAAUUUGACACAAGUCUGACACCGGUAGCGAAGCAAAAAUGAUUGUAACAAAAUUACUACCGUCUUCUUUUCCAUACUCUCGAUACGCACAUUCUUGCACAGCGCGAAAGGUCUGGAAAAAUCUUAGCGCAUACUGUUGCAGGUCACUCCAUGUGGACAGUUCUCCUGGUAUCCCGUCAGUUAAAAGCAGCUAUGUCCACGGCACAUCCUCUCUACCCCUCCUGCCCCUCACGGUUGGGCAGAGCUUGCAGAAUGCUGCGGAGAAAUGGCCGGAACGUGAGGCUGUAGUUUUCCCAAAGUCAGGUAUUCGGAAAACCUUCAGUCAGUUUCAGCAAGAUGUGGAUCAGGCAGCUGCAGGACUCCUGGCACUGGGCCUGAAGAAGGGAGAUAGGUUGGGUAUUUGGGGACCCAACACCUAUGAGUGGAUCCUGUACCAAUAUGCCACCGCCAAAGCUGGAAUCAUCAUGGUGUCAGUGAACCCGGCCUAUCAGGUGAAGGAACUGGAGUUUACGCUGGGGAAGGUGGGGUGCAGUGCAGUACUCUGUCCAACCCAGUUUAAGACCCAGAUGUUCUGUGACAUGCUACGACAGAUCUGCCCAGAACUGGACACAGCAAGGCCAGGAUUCCUCAAAAGCUCCAGGUUGCCAGACCUGCGUAUGGUGAUCGUGAUGGACAGCCGCCAGCCAGGCAUGCUCCAUGUGGACGAUGUGAUGCAGGCGGCAGGCAGCCAGCAACACCAGGAGCUCCAGAGUCUCCAGGCCCAGCUGUCCUUCGACGACCCCAUUAACAUCCAGUUCACAUCUGGGACAACGGGCCUGCCUAAAGGGGUCACUCUGACGCACCAUAACAUUGUUAACAACGCCUACCUCCUGGGACUUCGCACAGGCUUCGACUGGAGGCCUGAGGUUCGAGUGUGUGUCCCUGUGCCCCUGUACCACUGCUUCGGCUCUGUGCUGGGGGGCAUGUGCAUGGCACUGCAUGGCGUCACACUGGUCUUCCCCUCGAAAGGGUACGACGGACUGGCUAACCUGGAGGCUAUUCAGAAUGAAAGAUGCAAUUUCCUCUAUGGCACUCCUACCAUGUUCAUCGACAUUCUCGGGCAGUCAGAUUUCCACAAAUACGACGUGUCUUCAGUAGAUGCUGGAAUCAUGGCUGGGGCCCCAUGCCCUCCGGAGGUCGUGAGGAAACUGAUUAGAGACAUGGACAUGAAGGAGAUGAUGGUUGCCUAUGGGACUACGGAGAACAGCCCUGUGACAUUCGUAGGCUUCCCUUAUGACAAUGAGGAACGCAAGACAGAGACUGUGGGCUGCAUUAUGCACCAUACUGAGGCGAAGAUCGUGGACCCAGCCACAGGCGAGAUGGUGCCCCUGGGGAGCUCGGGCGAGCUGCUGAUCCGCGGCUACUGCGUGAUGCAGGAGUACUGGGACGAGCCAGGCAAAACCCAGGAGUGCAUCACCAAGGACGGCUGGUACAAAACUGGAGACAUUGCCAGCCUGGACGGGUUUGGUUACUGCCGCAUCGAAGGCCGCAUUAAAGACAUGAUCAUUCGUGGGGGCGAGAACAUCUACCCAGCAGAGAUAGAGCAGUUCCUUCACACCCACCCCAAAGUACAGGAGGCCCAGGUGGUGGGGGUGAAAGACGAACGGCUGGGAGAGAACGUGUGCGCCUGCAUUCGUUUGCGGGAGGGGCAGGACUGCACUGCAGAGGAGAUCAAAGCCUACUGCAAAGGCCAGAUUGCCUACUUCAAGGUUCCCCACUAUGUUGAGUUCGUCACCAGCUAUCCACUCACAGCCUCCGGCAAGAUCCUGAAAAACAAACUAAGAGAGGCAAUGGAGAAGAAGCUCUGUGUUUGACUCUCUCUUUCUCUUCCCCUCUCUCUUUCUCUCUCAAACACACACACACACACACACACGGGUAACAGUUACUGUUCCUGCAGGUGGGUCUUGGGGAAGGUUUUUUCAGGGCAAAAUUUUAAAUCCAUUAUUUAAUGAAGCCCAGUGUUGGGCUGUUCAUCCCUACUAUCUAACACUUAUCUUGUGAACCGAAAGACUCACCAUGAACUCUGUUUCAACACUCUACCUGUAGCAGAAUAAAACUAUUGGAGACAAAUGACGUUUUAAA